GGGGAAGGCGGGGAAAGAGAGGACGGGGGGGGGGGCAAUCCCGGUGAGAGGGGACCGAGUCAGGUGCUGCCGGCAACUCCAGGACCACACAGCCAAACGUUCAUGUGAAGAUUUGACCCAGAGUGACUGGAGAUCUCUCCUGAGGAGGAAGACUUAGGACUGUCGCAAUUUAAAAAGACAGUAUGAUCCCGGUGGCCGAAUUCAAGCACUUCACAGACCAGCAGCCUGCUUUCAAGGUUCUUAAGCCAUGGUGGGAUGUAUUGGCUGAGUACAUCACCAUUGCCAUGCUGAUGAUAGGCGUUUUUGGUUGCACUCUGCAAGUGAUACAUGAUAAGAUUAUCUGCCUUCCCAACCAUGUUCCCAAUGGCACAGCCUCCACUGAUGUAACCUGUGAAGAUUUCACCAAGAGGAGAAUCAACGCCUCUCAACCAAUGGAAAGCCCUGCCUACCAGGUAAUGAGUGGACGACGAAACAACCUGGAUCUGCAACAGUACAGCUAUAUCAACCAGAUGUGCUAUGAGUCAGCCCUUCAUUGGUAUGCCAAGUACUUCCCUUACCUUGUCGUCAUCCACACCCUUAUCUUCAUGGUGUGUGCCUCAUUUUGGUUCAAAUUUCCUGGGACCAGUUCAAAGAUUGAACAUUUUAUCUCCAUUCUGAGCAAGUGCUUUGACUCACCCUGGACUACUCGAGCCAUCUCAGAAGUCUCUGAGGAGGAGAAUGGAACUUCAGAGCAAAUGGGUCGGAGAAAGAAAAUUAGUGUUUCCAGUGAGGCAACAGAGCUUUCCCCCUUGAAGGGCUCUAUUUCAGAGAAGAAGGUUACCGAGUCCCCCUCCUCAAUAAGCUUGUUGGACAAAAAGGAAGGUGAGCAGGCCAAGGCUCUCUUUGAAAAGGUGAAGAAGUUCCGACUCCACGUCGAACAAGGAGACAUCCUUUACACCAUGUACAUCCGCCAAACUAUUCUCAAAGUCUGCAAGUUUUUAGUCAUCACUGUCUACAAUGCAAUCCUGGUUCCCAACAUUAGCUUCAUUGUGCCAUGCAGUAUCAAGAUGGAGGAUAUGACAGGCUAUGAGCAUUUCUGUUGCAAUCACACCAAAGCCCAUCUGUUCUCUAAGCUGGCAAUCUGCUACAUCUGCUUCCUUGGUAUCUAUGGCAUGACUUGUCUCUACACACUCUACUGGCUCUUUCACCGACCACUCAAAGAGUACUCUUUUGACUUUGUACGUGAGGAGACAGGCAUCUGGGACAUCCCUGAUGUCAAGAAUGACUUUGCCUUCAUGCUCCACCUCAUCGACCAGUACGAUUCCCUGUAUUCCAAGCGCUUUGCUGUAUUCCUCUCUGAGGCCAGUGAGUUCAAGCUGAAACAACUCAACCUCAGCCAUGAGUGGACGAUAGAGAAGCUGCGACAGAAGCUACAGAAGAAUGUGCAUGACCGGCUGGAGCUCCAUCUCUUCAUGUUGCCUGGAUUGCCUGAUACUACUUUUGAGCUGACUGAGGUGCAGGCCCUGAAGCUCGAGCUCCUCAAAGAUUUUACUUUCCCAAACUCUGUGACUCAGUUGGUCAACCUUCAGGAGCUUGCGUUGAUUAACAGUCCCGUUAAGCUGAAUUUCACAUCUUUGAUGUUUUUCCGUGAACACCUGAAAGUGAUGCUUGUCAAGUUUGAUGAUAUAAAAGAUAUACCAGUAUGGACUUACAACCUGAGGGGAUUGGAAGAGUUGCACAUUAUGGGACACUUUAACCCAGAGAUGAACCGGGCGGGGAAUCUAGAAUGCAUGCGUGAACUAAGGAGCCUGAAGGUCCUGACACUGCAUAGCAACAUGUCCAAAUUGCCACCCAGUGUGGCUGAUCUGGCUACUCAUUUGCAAAAGCUCAGGAUCCACAAUGAUGGGACUAAGCUGGUGACCCUGAACACCCUCAAGAAACUCUUCAAUGUACAGGAAUUGAAGCUGAUAAACUGUAGCUUGGACCGCAUCCCCCAUGCUGUCUUCAGUCUGGUCAACCUGCAAGAGUUAGACCUGAGGGACAACCAACUGUAUACUAUUGAAGAGGUCCUGAGCUUCCAGCAUUGCCGCAAGUUGACAUGCCUCAGACUUUGGCACAACCACAUUGCCAGCAUCCCUGACCAUAUACGCAAGCUGAAGUCCUUAGAGCAGCUUGACCUUAGCCACAACCGGAUCGAGGCCCUCCCUGCUCAGCUGUUCUUGUGCACCAAGCUGAACUAUUUGGACCUCUCCCACAAUAACAUCCAGGUCAUUCCUCCUGGGAUGGGAGUUUUACAAAGCCUCCAGUAUUUUUCCAUUUCACACAACUUUUUAGAGGUGCUGCCUGCUGAAGUCUUCUUCUGCAAAAGGCUCAAGGUUCUCAAACUUGGGCACAACAAACUGCGGCACCUCUCUGACCGCAUCAGCUGGCUGCCUUUGCUCUCCAGGCUGGAGCUGAAGGGAAACAACCUGGAUAUCCUGCCCCGGGAAAUUGGCCAGUGCACAGCCCUCAAGCGUAAUGGCCUUGUGGUGGAGAACACCCUUUAUGAGACAUUGCCUUUAGAAAUUAGGGAGAAAAUGGAGAAAGAAUGAUGGGGAAAAUCGCAGGCGAGAUAAGGAAGGUGGGUGGAAACCUCUCAAGUGUUGACCACACUGUUAUGGCACAUGGAGAGAUCUGGCUGAGUCUGGUGCCCAUGUGUUCUAAUUUAGAGAGUGUCCCACUCUCCCCCCCCCCCCCCCCCCC